AUGGACUCGUGUGAACAAGUGUUUCACGGUGAUGGUGAAUGUAGUAUACCCUUACGUUUUGAGGAUUUCUAUUCCCAUUCCUUUGUACCAGAUUCUUUGAAAAUUGACUAUGAAAUCGAAAAUGGCGUUAGUCUGUACUACAAUGUUACCGCAUUUAGACCCUUUCCCGGAAAACUUUUAAUGAAUUUCUUUGUACGUAAAUUUAAUGCUAUCAAAGGUAAACCAUCUCUGGACAUAAAGAAGCAAAAAAAUUUGGAUUUCUGUAAAACCCUGGAUAUUUUAAAGAAUAUAACUAAAGAUAAUACAAGUGGUACUUCGCUGUUUCAGGAAACAUUUAUAAAUUCGUGUCCUUUAACGAAUGGUUUUUACUACAUACAAAAUGGUACAAUAUCGAGCAACAUUAUACCGUUUUUUGUAGACAAAGGUCACUAUUUAAUGCACUUUGAAUUGAUACAGAUUGUUAAUGAAGUUAUAAAGUUAAUGAAUUUUCGUUUUGUAAUUUUUGUGGAUAAAAAAGAGAAGGAAAAUAAAUAA